ACUCUCGGCCAAACUCUUAGCCUCGUUGCACAUUACACGUUUUCGCCCGCACGAUCAAAAGUCGUACGAGUUUGUAUCGUGGUGUAGUUACUUUCUCACUGUACGAUUUUAAACGUAGGUACCGCACGAUUUGUAACCGUACAAAAACAGUAUUCAGUACGCUAGUUGUCACCAUUUUUGAAGAAAAUAUAGUAGAGUGACUAUGAAUCGGGGGCAAAUUAUAGCUUGGUUAUUGCAUCGGCGUCGAAAAAGACAAAGGCGUAAGCGCCUUCAUUGGGUUCAUCCUAUUAAUCAGAAACGUGAGGAAGUGGGAUUAUUCUACACCUUGUUUGAAGACUUGAGAAAUGAUGAACGGAAGUUUUUCAACUACUUUCGUAUGUCAGCUGGCUCCUUCGACGAACUGCAUGGCAAACUGCAGAACGUCCUUCAACGGCAAAACACACAAUUUAGAAAUUGUAUACAACCUAUUGAAAUGCUAGCUAUAACUUUAAGAUAUUUGGCUAGCGGUUGUACAUUUACUGAUUUACACUACCAGUACAGGGUUGGAAUUUCAACUGCAAGGAAAAUUGUUCAGGAAGUCUGUAAAGAGAUUUGGUCAAUAAUGCGAGUAGAAUGUAUUCCAACACCAACUUGUGACAGGUGGGAAUCAAUCGCUUCCGAUUUUGAAACUACUGCUAAUUUCCCACACUGUCUCGGCGCUGUUGAUGGAAAGCAUAUCCGACUUACUUGUCCAUUUAACUCAGGAUCUAUGUAUUUUAAUUACAAAGAUUAUUUCUCCAUUGUAUUAAUGGCUGUAGUCGACUCCAAGUACAAAUUUGUCUAUGUUGAUGUAGGAAGCUAUGGCAAAGAGUGUGACUCUUCAAUUUUUAAGAGGUCAAACUUGUGGAAGUCAAUUGAAAACAAUACUCAACAAUUGCCUGAAGAAAGACUUCUUGCAGGAACAGAGAGUCCUAAAAUACCCUACUUUUUUGUUGCCGACGAAGCGUUUGGUCUACACAAGCACUUAUUGAGACCGUUUGGAGGCAAACACCUUACAAUUGAGAAAAGAGUGUUUAACUAUCGAUUGUGCAGAGCUCGAAGAUAUGUAGAAUGUGCUUUUGGCAUUCUUAGUAAUAAAUGGCGAGUGCUUCAUCGUCCUAUCAAUGUGCAAACAGAUUUUGCCGUACUCAUUGUCAACGCAUGCAUUGUAUUGCACAACUAUGUACGUGAUAGAGACGGAUAUAUUGUUGAGGACACAACAACGAUCACAGGUCUAGAUGAUUUGGCUGGGGAAACUACUAUUAGAGGAGGCUUGGCAGCAAACAAUAUCAGAAGUGUUCUUUGCAAAUAUUUCAUGUCAAACCUUGGAAGUGUACCGUGGCAAAUGUCAAAAAUUUAAUGUUCAAAAAGGGAAAUGUCAAUCUUUGUGACUUUUGUAGGUGGUUAAAAAUUGCUCUCGGAGGUUAAAGCUGCUUUUAAGAGUUAAAAUGGAGUUGAAGUAGAAGUAGAAGUACAGUAAUGUUAUAGGCCUAAUAUGUAUGUAAGGUUAAAAUAUUACAUUUAUUAAAAAGUACUUACCAAAUGUA